AUGGGCAGCCCACUUUCGCCUAUCGCGGCGGAUAUCGUAUUGGAUUCAGUCAUCAGCAAAGCUAUGAGUUUUCUACCUUUCGAGACUACUAUUUCAAAAAAAUACGUAGAUGACAUCUUUAUGACGAUUCCACGGGACUCUGGACAACUGAUCCUGAACACUUUCAACAAUAUCGAACCAAGAUUGCAGUUCACUCUUGAAAUUGAGGAAAACGGACGACUUCCUUUCUUGGAUAUGACCGUCAUCCGCAAACCAGAUCAAACCCUAACAACGGAAUGGUACGCCAAACAAAUUGCUUCAGGACGAAUGCUGAACUACACGUCGUUUCACCAACCAAAACACAAAAUUAACGUAGCGAAUAAUUUCAUACACAGAGUGUGUUCGCUCACAAACAACAAAUCCAUAUCAGAGAUCACCAAAAUAAUUCAUAGCCAUCUUCAGAGCAACAACUACCCCAUGCAACUAAUAAACCGGCUAUUACAUCUGUACACCAGCAAAACACAAGAACCCGAACCAUCAGCAGUUACACAAAGCCAACCAUCAUGUCAGCAUCCCACCCAACCAGCCAUAAUGCCAGCCAAUCCCACCCCCACACAAUCAGCAACACCGCCACCAGAUCAACAAAAUCAAGGAAACAUCAUCCCCGCAGUUCAAAACAUCUCUCCAUCCAGUCCAUCGCAACCUGAAAUAGAAAAACAAGAUAGGGAACUGGGUGUAGGACGCCCACGUUAA